ACCGUCUUCUGCCUGGAAGUCGAGACUUGCAUGCCAUGGAACACCCCCUCUUUGGCUGCCUGCGCAGCCCCCACGCCACAGCGCAAGGCUUGCACCCGUUCUCCCAGUCGUCCCUCGCCCUCCAUGGAAGAUCUGACCAUAUGUCCUACCCCGAACUUUCCACGUCCUCCUCGUCUUGCAUAAUCGCGGGCUACCCCAACGAGGAGGGCAUGUUUGCCAGCCAGCAUCACAGGGGGCACCACCACCACCACCACCAUCACCACCACCACCACCAGCAGCAGCAGCACCAGGCUCUGCAAACCAACUGGCACCUCCCGCAGAUGUCGUCCCCGCCGAGCGCGGCGCGCCACAGCCUGUGCCUGCAGCCGGACUCCGCAGGGCCCCCGGAGCUGGGGAGCAGCCCGCCGGUCCUGUGUUCCAACUCCUCCAGCCUGGGUUCCAGCACUCCGACCGGGGCCGCGUGCGCACCCGGGGACUACGGCCGCCAAGCGCUGUCACCCGCCGAGGCGGAGAAGAGAAGUGGCAGCAAGAGGAAAAGCGACAGCUCAGAUUCCCAGGAAGGAAAUUACAAAUCAGAAGUCAACAGCAAACCCAGGAAGGAAAGGACAGCUUUUACCAAGGAGCAAAUCAGAGAACUUGAAGCAGAAUUUGCCCAUCAUAAUUAUUUGACCAGACUGAGGAGAUAUGAGAUAGCGGUAAACCUAGACCUCACGGAAAGACAGGUGAAAGUGUGGUUCCAGAACAGGAGGAUGAAGUGGAAGAGGGUCAAAGGAGGACAGCAGGGAGCAGCAGCUCGAGAAAAGGAACUGGUGAACGUGAAAAAGGGAACGCUUCUCCCCUCAGAGCUUUCAGGAAUUGGUGCAGCCACCCUGCAGCAGACAGGGGACUCACUAGUAAAUGAAGACAGUCACGACAGUGAGCACAGUUCAGAGCAUGCACACUUAUGAUACACACAGAGAAGACCAGCUCCAUUCUCAGGAAAGCAAUCUUACGAUGGCAAGCCUUACCCAAACAUCGUUUACACAGAGAGAUGACUAUGGUAGUGAUGUUUAAUAUAAUUAAAUUCAGGCAUCCCACGUCCAAUUUCCAUGAUUGAUAGAAAUUUGACACAAAGUGCCUCUUAUUGAAGAUGCUUCCACAGCAAAGAUGGAGAAGGUGGACUUGCUUUGAAAAUUCCAAAUAAGUUUGAUCAUGUGUAUGACAAUGAGAAGAUAUGUACUUGCUUUUGCUGCACUGUAAAGUAAAUUGCUAUCAAGAGCAAACCAGCUAAGACUUUUCUUUUUAAUUCAAGAUGCCUCCAGAGUGUAGAUGCCAAAAAUGAACUUGCUUUGAACAUUCCAGAUGUAUAAGGUUGUGUGUCUGACAGCGGGCAAGUAUUUGCUUUUGCUUGCACUGAAAAUUAAAUUGCUAUCAAGUUAAACCAUGAAAUAUUAUAUGCUGAAUAGCCACAGUGCCUGAAAUCACCAAGUGAAUUUAAAAAAAAAAAAGUUAUUUUAAAUCUGUGUAUAGUACUCUGAAGUCAUUUUCCUGUCUUCACUAACUUUAGCAAUGCAUUUAAGUAGCUGAUAAAAAUAGGUUCUCUCACAUUGACAUUCGGAACCAGUCCUUUGUAUUUGUUUUAUACAUUUUGUCAGUCAGAAAACAUCAGUAUGUGCUUGCUUGUGCUCAAGUAGAGAAGAAUGCAGUAGAGUCUGAUAGGACACAUUCUUGUACCACAGACAAAACAGACCUUAUGUUGCAUUUACUACCAACUGCUGCUAAUACGUUAUUAUAGAACUUAUCUAGCUCUUCAAUUCUAUCUCUUAGCUUGAAAAAAAAAAAUUAGGAUCAUUGGCAAAUCAGUUACCUUGCACAAAGAUCACCGUCUGAUUUUAUGUCUUUAAAACGUUAGCUAUUGUUGAUAUGAUUUAAUUACUAAGGAAGCAUAUCUUUCUUAUUGGUAAUGGUAUCAAAUAAAGAGCAGAGCAAGCUGAUUCAUCAAGAGGAUAGCUGACAAAAUUCUGACUGUCUUUGAAUUAAACUCAGUAAAAAUACAUUAUUUUUCAUAUUCAAUGUAUUCAUGCAGAACACAUCUUUGUAUCUUGUAAAAAAUAUUAAUAAA